AUAAAGACGCAGAUCUGAUAAUCCCAGACUAAUCUGUUCCAGAGCCUCUUUAGUCUUAUUUCCUAGAACGGUCAAGCUGCAAAUGAGGUAAUUGCAGUUCUUUUGACUUAUCACCCCUACCGAUCUUCCCAAACUCAGGGUACUCAGGAUUCCCCAGCCUAUUGAGUGUCCUGGAUUGUUACUCAGUCCCUUGGGAUCCUUCCAGUUGGAGCAAGGUUAGCUGAGACAGCCCGCUGCAUCCUCCUCAGAUGAAGAUACCAUUGACUUGUCCACUGGUCAGGACAAGGUACUGUUGUGGGAGCAAGGGCUCUGAUAGUGACUUUACGAAGAACAUCUUUGCCAUUAAGGACAAGGAAAUUGAGUACGGGGAAGAAGCCCUUCAGCUGCCCCGAAUGCGGGAAGGCUUUCAGCGAUUCCUCCUCCCUGUUGAAGCAUCAGCGGGCCCACAUGGGGGAGAGGCCUUUCAGCUCCCAGAGUGUAGGAAGGCCUUCAGCGUUUCAUCCUCCCUGCUGAUGCAUCAGCAGGCACACACGGGGGAGAGGCCGUUCACUUGCUCAGAGUGUGAGAGGGGGUUCAGUCAGAUGAGCCAACUGAAAACACAAGCAGCUCCACUCGGGGGUGGUUCAGGUGUCCCGAGUGCGGGAAGGUGUUCACUUGCUCGGUUAAGCAGCUGACCCACAAACGGAUCCACACAGGGGAGUGGUCAUUUACCAGCUUUCAGUUUGAGAAGGCCUCAUACGCUACUCCCACGUGUAGAGGCUCCAGUUCACAUAGGGUCAAGUGUUGUGCAGGUUAGGGUGGAUUGGCCAUGCUAAAUUACCCAUAGUGCACAGGAAUGUGCAAGUUAGGUGUAUUA